AUGAUGGACUCCGAGGAUGUGCUGGAUCUGUACGAUAUCGCCGUGUUACUCAAUUACGAAAGGAACACCACGGAACCUCGGCUGCGACACACCAAGUUGAGGGAAGUCGCUUUCCCGGGUACGCAACCGAAGACAGUCGCACUCAGCAGUCCAAUCGACCAAGGCUGGAACAACAACGCGUCUACCUGGAUCGUAUUGGAUCAGCAGCAGACCAACGACCCAGACGCUCCAGACCUGCCCACGGAAUUCUUGCCCCCGAACAAACGCAAGGAUAGCGCGCUCUCCAAUGAGCAGCUAGAGACGUUAUUCCAUCAAGCACGCAAUCACGAUGGCUGCUACCAGGCGAUUAGUCUGCUUCAGAUCUUCUUUGCACUGUUCUCCGAAGACACAAAGUUGAAGGUGAGACAUGCGCCUAGUGGUAAGCAGCCCGGCAUGUCUUAUACGACAACAGUCAGUAGACGUGUCAUUGUCGAAGAGUCCUUCCGUGACCCAAAGUUCACCACUGCUAUCUGCAUACUCCCGGAGGGCGCAAUGUAUGUUAGUGGGCAUCAGCCACAACUUCUGCAUGCGGUCGUAGGUUUCUCUCCGCUCGAUAGCGACACGGUCCAAUCGUUCUUCGAUCUCUCGUCCAUGCAGUUCGGCGAUAUAGGACGCGGACCUGGGCCGAAGGGAAAGCAGCUGUUCGCUCUGGAUACCCCCGAGGAGUUUGCCCUGCGUUUCAAACCUGCAAAUUAA